AUGAACGAUACUAUGGAUAUUGAACCUCAAAGCACAGAAGUUGAGAGCCAAACAAUUUCAUGGUCUUACAGCUGCUACCCUCCAGAAAACCCUCCUAUUUUGCAAGUCACUUGAAUUCCAGAAGUUAAAAAGGAUCUAUUACUUGACGCCGAAUUAAAAGAGUCUGAAAUUCUAAGCAGCACCCUGGCAAGCCUUGCCAAAUUUCAAAAGAAAAGGGUAAAAAAUUACGAAUCAAUGAUUCUUACGCAAACCCCAAAAUAUUUCAAUACGAAAUCUUCAGUCCCGCUGCCAGCUAAGAAAAUAGAAAUUUAUAAAGCCCCACUUUUGAUGAUAGAAGAUGACAAAACUAAGCCAAUUUAUAACCAAAAAACAGCAGCAGCAGCAGCAGCAGGAAAAUAUAAUAAUACCAGCGACAAUAAUUUUGGAGCUUUUUAUGAAGACUAUAUGGCCAUAGACGACCUAUAUAAUUUCAAGCGCAAAAUUGACAGUGAAUUUGUACCAUGCAAACGAAUAAAAACAUAA